AUGGAACAGAAACUGCAGGAGGAACCAUGUGUGCAAGAGGAGUUGCCAGCACCUGGAGAAAUGGCUGUGCAAAAGGAAGUGCAGGAAGAAAAGUUGGAGUUGCCCCAUAUUGUCAGCAAAAAUGCAGACUACAGAUGUGGUCAGCAGCUAAAGGUUAAAAAUGACUUUGGCAUGUCAGAAAAUAUUGUCAUUGGUGAAUUUGUUUCUUUUAUACUUCCUGGUUUUCAAGAGUUUGCAUAUAAUACACCUCCAACUCAGAAAAUGAGUGAUAGAAUACUGCUGAAUUACUACCACCAGGUACUUGUCUUUGUGUUUGCCAUGAAUGAGAUCAACAAGAAUGCCAACCUAUUACCCCACAGCACACUGUCUUCCAUCUUUGCUCAAAAUGCUAACAAUGAAAUCGGAACUGCUUAUGGGACAAUGGAUCUCCUUUUCCUAAAACACGGCAGCCCCAUCAACUAUAUGUGUGGAAAGUCAUUCAAGCUAAUGGCCAUCAUUGGUGGGCUCACACCUCAUAACUCCAAGCAGAUGCCCCACAUCUUAAAUAUCUACAAGAUGCCACAGCUCACUUACAGCUCCUUUGACCCUUCAUUGAGUGAAAAAACACAGUUCCCUUCUGUCUAUCGGAUGAUCCCCAAUGAAAGUCCUCAGUAUGUUGGGAUUGUUCAACUGCUUCAGCAUUUUGGAUGGACCUGGAUUGGUCUUGUUGUUUCAGAGGAUGACAGUGGAGAAAUGUUAUUGAGGACUCUCAUUCCUCAGCUGCUCCAGAACAAUAUUUGUUUUGCUUUUAAGGAAAUACUGAAGGACCCCUGGAGAGUAUCAGUGCAAAAUGAGAAGACAUUGGAAAGAAUAAGUUAUCUAUCAACCAAAACCAAUGUGAUCCUUGUUCAUGGGGAUUCACGGUCUAUGGAAGGCUUCCGAAUUAUUCUGUUUUUUCUUGAAAUUGUGAAAAGGAAACCAAUAGAGAGAGUUUGGAUCAUAACAGCACAGUGGGAUUUUGCAACUGUGUUGAACAGUCGUGCAUUCACACCAAAAUCUUUCAAUGGCACAUUGUCUUUCACACUCCACACAAAUUAUGUGGCAGAAUAUGAAAAGUUCCUUGAGACUUUAAAUCCUUACCAAUCUAUGCAUUAUUUGAUCCCACAAUUCUGGUCCCGUGCAUUUGGGUGUGCAUUCCUCACAUAUAAGCUUUAUCUGCCAGGUGCAGGAUUCUGUACCGGGGAAGAGAGGUUGAGAAGCCUCCCUGGAACUGAAUUUGAAAUAGGAAUGUCUGGUCAGAGCUACAGUAUCUACAAUGCAGUUUAUGCUGUAGCACAUGCUCUCCAUGCCAUGUUGUCCUCAAGAUCUAAGCAGAAGGCAAUGGGAGAUGGAGCCACAAGGAACCUUCUUAAUAUUCAUCCAUGGCAGUUUCACUCCUUCUUGAAAAACAUCCGCUUCAACAAUAGUGCUGGGGAAGAAAUAUUUUUUGAUAAAAAUGGAGAGUUGGCAGCUGGAUAUGAUAUCAUUAACACCAUCACAUUCUCCAAUCGGUCCAUCCACAAAAACCAUGUUGGAAGGAUUGACCCCCAGGCUCCCAAAGGAAAACAGUUCACCAUCCAUAGAAAUGCCAUUGUGUGGAAUCACAAGUUUAACCAGAUCCUUCCCCAAUCUACGUGUGUUGAGAGUUGCCAUCCUGGACACAGCAGAAUUGUGCGACAGGGGGAACAGAUCUGCUGUUAUGAUUGUCCUCAGUGCUCUGAAGGAAUGAUUUCAAAGCUGAUGGAUGCAGACCACUGCAACAAGUGCCCUGAAGAUCAGCAUCCAAACAAGAACCAGGUUCACUGCAUCCCUAAACAUAUCAUCUAUCUAUCGUACAGAGAGCCUUUGGGGAUAAUUCUGGCUUCCUUUGCUCUUUUUGUUUCUUUGAUCACCCUUGUGGUAAUGUGGAUCUUCAUUCAACAUCAGAAUACUCCCAUCGUCAAAGCCAACAACUGGAACAUCACAUGCACCCUCCUCAUUGCACUAUUGCUUUGCUUUCUGUGCUCCUUCUUAUUCAUUGGACAGCCUGGGAAGGUGACCUGCCUUCUCCGACAAACAGUGUUUGGAAUAAUCUUCUCCCUCUCUGUUUCUUGUGUGUUGGCUAAAACCAUCACUGUGGUCCUGGCCUUCAUGGCCACCAAGCCAGGAAACAGGAUGAGGAAAUGGGUAGGGAAGAGACUAGCAGUCUCAGUCAUCAUCCUCUGUACUCUUAUUCAAACUGGCAUAUCUGUUCUAUGGCUGGCAACCUCUCCUCCCUUUCCAGAGUUUGAUAUGCACUCCAAAAGGGACCAGAUGACUUUGCAAUGCAAUGAAGGAUCAGUGCACAUGUUUUAUACUGUUCUAGGUUACAUGGGGCUUCUGGCCAUCAUCAGCUUCACAGUAGCUUUCUUUGCCAGGAAGUUGCCUGAUACUUUUAAUGAAGCCAAACUCAUCACCUUCAGCAUGUUGGUCUUUUGCAGUGUUUGGUUAUCCUUUAUUCCAACCUACCUGAGUACUAAAGGGAAAUACAUGGUGGCUGUGGAGAUCUUCUCCAUCUUGGCCUCCAGCACUGGGUUGCUGGCUUGCAUCUUCCUCCCCAAAUUCUACAUUAUUGUCCUGAGGCCUGAGCUGAACACUAGGGAUCAGCUUGUAAAGAAAAAGAAUUGUGGUACCUGA